AUGGCGGCUGCUAUGCACAUGGCAACAUUGUCUUUCUUCUCCUCCUCCUCUGCUUACAAGACCACCAACGUUUCUGAUAGGCUUCGGCUCGGAUUGGCUCCGCUGCCAGCAUCUCUUGCAGGGCGGAAAGGAAGCAUUUUGGUAAUCAGAUCUGAAGCUGGGUUUGCUUGUGGUUCUAAUGCAAGGGCUCGCUCUUCCAAAUUGAUCACCAAUGCAGUCGCAACUAAGCCUGAUGCGUCUGCAAGUUCAACAGGAUCAAAACCUGGUCAUGAGCUGAUGUUAUUUGAAGCUUUACGAGUGGGGUUGGAUGAAGAGAUGGCCCGAGAUCCUAGGGUUUGUGUUAUGGGUGAAGAUGUGGGUCACUAUGGUGGUUCCUACAAGGUGACCAAGGGUCUUGCAACCAAAUAUGGAGACCUGAGGGUUCUUGACACUCCCGUCGCGGAGAACUAUUUCACUGGCAUGGGCAUUGGAGCAGCAAUGACUGGCUUGAGGUCAGUGAUUGAUGGCAUGAACAUGGGCUUCCUUCUACUUGGUUUCAACCAGAUAUCAAACAACUGUGGCAUGCUGCACUACACCUCUGGUGGUCAAUUCACCAUUCCUGUUGUGAUUCGUGGGCCAGGGGGUGUUGGUCGUCAACUUGUUGCUGUAGGCGAUCUUCAUGGCCAGCCUUGUGAGGUGGCAUGGAAGACCUGUUGA